AUGGGGAGUCAAAGACAUCACAAACUUUUUCACAAUUCACACCUAAACACAUUUAAACACACUAAUUACUCUAGGCUAGGUUUUAGCCAAUUGUUGCACGUUUCUUGUUCAGGAAGGCUGGAGGCUACGAUGGAUAAUGUGAUGGACAAUGUGUUAGAUCAACAUAGUGGGAAAAGAGCUAAGGUGUCUUAUGAAUAUUGGAAAUACUUCAUGACCGAGGGUAGAAGAAAACUUGCAGAUUACAAUAAAGAUAAUGGUACUAGAAUUACAAUCAUGAAAGAACAUGUCUUGAGAGUGGCUGACGAAAAUAAUCUAGGGUUGUUACUGCGUCAAAAGAUAACCAAAUUAUAUGAGGCUGCCAAACUAAAAAUACCAGUUAUGUCUGUAAAAAAAGGAAAAAUUUUUAUCGGUCGUGAGAUU